AUGGAGGAACAAGUGUUGAGUUCGCAGGCGGCGCACCAGCACAGCAGCGCCAAAGGCAGCAGCAGCAGCCGCAGCCCAGGCACGGGCACGAGGCGCGGCAAGCGCGAGGGGCAGGAAUCGGCCGCGGCCGCAAGGCGCGGCGCGGCGCCUGCGGCGAUGCUGGCGGUCAAGGCUCGGCCAGAGCAGCAGCGGCGGCGGCAGCAGCACCAGCAGCAGCAGCAGCAGCAGCAGCAGCAGCAGCAGCAGCAGCAGCAGCAGCAGCAGCAGCAACAGCAGCAGCAGUUGCGCGCGCUUGGGGUUGUGGUUGAUCGGGCACAGGCGAUACGAGCACAGGUGCAGAACUGUAAAGAGACUCGUGUCGGCCUCGUGGCGGCGGCGGCGUUCGCAAGCGUGGCGCUCGCCAUCAGGCGCGUUGACGCCCAGAACGCGCAGACGUUUUCGCGCGGCAGCGUCGGCAGGGGCGCGGCGGGCACAGACCGGGUGGUCGCGGCCGGCGGGGUGCCGGGCUUUCGGACGCCUGCCGACGCGUCGGCUGCGGUGCUUGCCGCGCUCAGCCGCGCGGGCGCAGCGACGAGCGCGCCAGCCGUCGCCGCGGCGCUCCGCGAGGCAGCGGCAGCGGCUUCAGGCGGCGCGGCGACGCUGCGCGUCGGCGCCGGCGGUCCCAACUCCGCCAACUCAGACUGGCUCGCGGGCGCCGCCAACGCCCUGUCUUCCAUCGCGAUCGCGCUGCAGGCCGCCGCCGCGCCGUCGCCGCCGUCCCCCGCGCCAGUGGGCGCCGUGGCGCUGCGGCGCGCGGCGGGUGCCGUCGCAGCGGCGUCCAACGGGCUGCGGUCGGCGAUUUGGAGCCACAUGGGCUGCCGCACGGCGCUGUAUGCGGGGGCCGAUGCCCUUGAUGGCGCAGGGGGCGCCCUGCAGGACGCAGCCGGCCUCGUCGCCGCCGCCGCCGCCGCCGCUGCCGCUGCCGCAGAGCCGGCGGCGGCCCCUGGGGCCGCCGCGGGGAACGGGCAGAGGGCGAACGGGACGGGGGGCCGGGCGUCUGUUGUGGCCAAGGUGGGGAGCGUCGUUGGGUUGAUGGGCCAGUCGGCCGCUCGCUGA